UUUCACCUACCAAAUCGUGGCCGGCGGCGAAUUGAUUGUUUUCACAUCAGUCGAUAAAAUCUGCAAUAACUAUUUUCCGAGAUAAUAUAUUAAUAUUAAAACGUGGCGUGUAAUAUAAUAGAAAAAUGAAAUGUUUUCAAAUUAUUCUACAUGUUUUAGUUUUGCUUUGCAUCUGUUUAGCGACAUUAUCACCACCAUCUGAUAAGAAGGGACAGAAAGGUAUAAAACCGCAGGAAGGACCUAGAAAACACAAUGUUUUGGACAGGAAAUUAGUGAAUGAAGCACCCUACAUUAAAGACAUAAUAAAAUAUCAUGCCACUUACCAUCAAGACGUGUCUACAAAGAACUUUGAGAAUAUUGUAUUGGGCUAUGUGACGCCGUGGAACAAUAAAGGCUAUGAUGUGGCAAAGACCUGGGCGCCCAAGUUCAACUACAUCUCCCCGGUGUGGCUCCAGAUCAAGCGGCAGAGCCCUAACAUCUACAUCAUCUCGGGGCUGCAUGAUGUGGAUCAUGCCUGGAUGAAAUCUCUCCGCCAAAAGGGAUCUGAUAGAAACUUAAAAAUUCUGCCAAGAAUCCUAUUUGACAACUGGCAGUUGUCAGACCUCAAGGCCUUCUUCAUGGAGCCCUCGUCACUCUCUGAACAGAAAGCCCUCAUCGAGGAGGUGAAGAAAGCCUGCAAGCAGUGGAAGUUCGAUGGAGUGGUGCUCGAGAUGCUCUCGCAGGUCGGAAAGUAUGCUGACCGCUCUGUUAAAUUCAUACAGCAGUUUGGUCUGGAAAUGCGACAAGACGACUUCAGUUUGAUCCUAGUGUACCCGCCCUUCAGGGGCUACCCCACGGACGAGUUCUUUAUCCAGGCCUUCAACGACAUCUACCCUUACGUCGAAGCCGUGUCGGUCAUGACCUACGACUUCUCGAAUCCACAGAAACCUGGACCGAACGCACCACUAUACUGGAUGAAACUAUGCAUAGAAAAACUCAUAGACGACGACGAGAAUCCCGCCAAGCGCUCCAAAAUCCUGCUCGGGCUGAAUUUCUACGGCAACUCGUACACCGCGAACGGCGGCGGGCCCAUCGUCGGCACCGAGUAUAUAGAGCUACUCAAAAAUGCCAAGGCGAAUCAGGCGUUGACGUAUAAUAAUAAUACGGCGGAGAAUUAUGUUGAAAUCAGGACAUCGCAGGGUACAAAGAAGAUAUUUUUCCCCACACUAUACUCCAUACAAAGGCGGCUCGAGCUAGCGCGCGAGUACGGCACCGGAGUCGCCAUCUGGGAGCUAGGGCAGGGCCUGGACUACUUCUAUGACCUGUUCUAAUUAUGUGAUAUUAACUUUAAGUUGUAAUAAAUGUUCGUGUUAGGUUA